CAGAUACUCAGUUGGUUAUUAAUGAAGGAAGGAACCAAGCGAGCUUAGAUCUAGUGAAUUGGGGGGCUAAUUUAGUUAUCUCUCUGUCAACUCCUUUGAAGUGUGUUCUGUAGUUUGAUAUCAUUGAAACUUCAUGUCAUGGAUAGUUUUCUACAGCUCUGCUGGAAAAAUAUUACAGCGUUAUUCGAUUUUGAGCAAAAGUAAUGGGCUCCGCUGACUCAAAUUACUCCCAACCGUCAUCGGACUUGUCGCUGGACGAGGAGAAGGAGACCCUCAGGAGAGAGAAGGAACGUCAAGCACUUGGGCAACUGGAGAAAGCUAGGGUACGAAAAGUGUCCGAAAAAAGCCUGCCGACUUGAAUCAAGAGGAGACAUCUUGUAACGUGAACAUAGACCAGGAUGUCUAGAAUCUCAGAAAACAAAUGGCGACAAGUAGAUUAACUUGUUACGCAACGCUGUCAUCAAUUUAUAAGGCGAAACCGGUAGCGUUUGCUGUACGUACCAACGUAGCGUAUGAUGGGUCGUUGGAUGACGAUUCACCAGUACAUGGUUUUGCAAUUUCAUUUGAGGUUAAGGAUUUUUUACAUAUUAAGGAGAAGUACGACAACAACUGGUGGAUAGGCCGUUUAGUGAAAGAGGGCUGCGACAUCGGCUUCAUCCCCUCGCCGGUGAAGCUAGAGAACCUGCGUUUGCAGCAAGCUGCGCAGACUACCCGCACCAGCAAGUUGUACAGCAGCAAGACCAGCAGCAGCUCCAACUUAGGCGCGGCAGCAGCGGCAGCACAAGCGGCAGCCGGUAACGAUGUUUCCAGAGGUAGCACUCCUCCCACGCCCGGCGAUGAAUCCGACUCUAUGGGCAAUCCGCGCAUCGGCAAGACCCUUACCACUCCUCCAGCCAAAGAAAAGAAGAAACCGUUUUUCAAGAAGCAAGAGACCACAGCGCCGUACGACGUGGUUCCGUCCAUGCGGCCAGUCGUACUUGUUGGUCCGUCCCUCAAAGGGUACGAGGUCACGGACAUGAUGCAGAAGGCGCUGUUCGAUUUCCUCAAGCAUAGGUUCGAGCGGAAAAUAAUAAUAACUCGCGUGAUGGCGGAUAUUUCACUAGCGAAACGGUCGCUCUUGAACAACCCGUCAAAACGCGCUAUCAUGGAGAGGUCAACGACGAGGUCUACCUGUCUGUCGGAGGUUCAGGCUGAGAUCGAGAGGAUCUUCGAGCUAGCCACGACGCUGCAGCUAGUCGUGCUCGACUGUGACACCAUCAACCAUCCGUCGCAGUUGGCCAAGACGUCAUUGGCACCGGUUAUUGUCUACCUUAAAAUAAGUAGCCCUAAGGUAUUACAACGGCUAAUAAAAUCAAGAGGUAAAAGCCAAGCCCGCCACUUAAAUGUGCAAAUGGUCGCUUCGGAGAAAUUAGCUCAAUGUCCUCCAGACAUGUUCGACGUCAUCUUGGACGAGAACCAAUUGGAGGAUGCAUGUGAACAUAUAGCUGAAUAUUUAGAGGCUUACUGGAGAGCUACUCAUCCGGAAACGACGAUAGCGAACGUCCCUCGGCCCAUUGGCGGUUCGCCGCAGGCUUCGCCCAGUGGGGACCAAGGUCGGCCCACUUUACCAGAUUACACCGGGUCAAUGACUCCUAUACCAGCUGCAAAUUAAGUUUAUAGAUACAUAAUAUCCGAGACAUAUUCACAAAUCACAGCUACUUUCCACACUGGGCACGCGACCCGCCCUCGCGGCCGAUUGGAGCGGGACAGAGAGUACGACGAAUAUACGGAACGUGAGGAGUACCGCGAGCGCCGAGAUGCAGGCGCUGAUUUCCAGAGAGGCUCUUCACGAAGGCCCCUUAACGCCAUAUAGUGGAGGCUAACCGCGGAACACCCCAUCGAAGAGGAACUGCCCCAAACCGAUCAGCUCUCUCCCAAGGAGUACUACCGGCCGCAGAUCCCUAGGGAGUACCGGGACGAACGAGAACGCACCCCCCACCAUUUGCUCACCGCCAGCGAACGUAGACGAUUGGAAGAGGAGCGCAGGUACUUAGACGAACAACGCAGGUAUCCUAGAGAAGACCGAAGGUACCAUUCUAUGGACCAAGCCAGGUAUCACGAUGGUGGUGCAGUUAGGUCCAGGAGAUACGAGGAAGAGAGAGGUAUGUCGGUAUUUGCACCGUUGGCCAAGAGUAAGUUAGAGGGGAGAAACUAUAGAAAAGAGCUGAUGGAGAGGUUCUCUGAUAUGAGCCUCGAGGAAGAUAGGGAGUUUUCAAAUCAACAAAGAUACUAUGAAUGAGGUAGAUGUCAAUAAUUUUUAGGUAGUUUCCAGAUAUGGAAUUUAAAGAAAACGAUAUUCCAUUAUAAUGAACUUUUGUCGGAUAGCAUACUGUACUAAAAUUUUUACCAUUCAUCACAAUCAACAAAGCCUUAUAAGUUAUAGUAUAACAUUUGGUUAUAUGAAUGUUUAUUUUUUAUGCAUAUCUUCUGUCCAAAUCAAAUCAUCUAUAAAGUUCUGAGUCAUGUAAUCUAAACUGGUGUAAAAUAAUCAGUUGCUUCAAGCAUUCCAAUCAUCUUCUAAGACAUCUAUAACUAAAACAUCUCUGGAACCUUUCUUUUUAGGUCUUUUUUAAUUGACCAUAUCUGGAAACCAGCAUAUCAUGUGCACGUGCGUAAAUUAUACUGUGUUACAUUGUUAACUUUCAUGAUAAGAAACUAAAAAUAUUUGCAAUACGAUAACCAUGGAUCAAUUCUAGAUUAUUGUAACCAUUCUAGGAUUUAUUCGUUAAAAUAUCCAGUUUCUUAGCGUAACAAAGCAAUAGACAAUGUGUAAAUGUCCUUGUUCUUUAUAUCAUGUGAAUUCGUAUGAGUUAUAAUAGUAAUAUUAGUAUUAAAUAAUAAAUAAAAGCCUUUUUGUCAUACCACACGUGCACUAGUAUAAGAAUUUUGGCCUAAAUAAUUUUAGUAUAUUACGUAAUAUGAUUUGUCAGAUAUUGUAUCACUUCCAUCCUUUUUUGUUUAAAUGGAUACGAAUACAGGGUACAACGUCUAUGUUUCUAGAAGUUUUAAAAUUGACUCACUAAAAGGUACUGUAGAAAAUUAUUUUCGGACCAGCUGAAUCAACUGUUAUCUUCAGGACAUCCUUUUUUGUUUUACUUGGCGCAAAAAUGAACUUGGUUUAAUUCAACUUCUCGAGUUCCAUUUUUUAAGUAUCCAAACAUAUAUACAUAAUUAGUUCAAACAACAAUACCUCCUAGAUGACUCUUUUGCAGUGAAACUGAAUAAUAUUGUUUGCUUGUAGAUACAGCUUGUGACAAAGGUCUUUUUACAAGUGGUACAAUAUUUGUAUAUAAAUGGAAUGAAAAGUUCUAUCAGCAUUACCUGUUGGAGUGUACAUGGCGAAAAUAAUUUGGUAACAAUACAACAAUUUCAUAAAUAUAUAGCUCCUCCAUGUUGACAUCCGUUAAUGGUACCAUAAAUUCGUUCAUUAUUAGAUUUUGUAUAACAAAAAAAUAAUUUCCUUGAUUUCUGUGUUCAAUAACUUUUGAAUAUGAUAUGAUACUUCAAAAGGUUCUGCGUGAUACUAAAAAUGCACUUGUUACCCAGUCUUUUCGCCAAAUGACGUUAAGCCUCUCUGAAUAAAAGCAACAUCAUUGUAGUAUCUUUUAGGAUGUCUUCGAUGGGAUGAUCCGCGAAAUAUGUGAUCCUUUAUUACCAUAAAAAAAAAACUUGACCAGUUUGGUGCCAUAUUUGAGUAAUAGCUCAAUUUUUAAUCAAUCUAACAAAAAGUAGAUAAAAUAUAUUCAAGCUUUAAACUGUAGCUGUAUCUAGGUAUUUUUAAAUUAAUUUUUAUUCCGUGGUCUUUCCUUGAAACACGUUAAAAAUUAUCCCGUUUCGAAGCCUCCGCUUAGGAGUUUACCUGAUCAGUAAUAUGCAAGAUUCUUUUUCAUCUGCAUAUUAUAAAACUAUUUAUUAGUCUUAGUAGUUACAAUUUGUGACAUUUGAUGCUUAUGCUAAAUAUAUAAUCAUCAAAAGAAAUAUUUUUUCCAGCUGAAAAGUUGUCACCUUCUUUAUCGUUCCAGUAUACUUGACGGAUUUCAAUAUAAGAUUGCGGAAUAAAGAAAGGGUCCUUUGUAAAAUAACCAAAAAAUAACGUGAAUCUAUGUAUUUUAUAUAUUAAUGUAUAAUAACUUGAAAGAACUGAGAUAUUAUACUUUAAAGAAAAGUGUACUCUAUAUUGGAGAGGUAUUUUAUAUUUUGCUUCAUUUAUUAUAGUUUUCAUAUUAAACCAGGCAAACUAGAUACAUCUUCCACACAAUAUGGAGGGUGAACUGAUGCUUUCGGUUCCCAUAUUUAUCGUAGUUAGGAAAAGUACCUAUCAUAUUUACAUGAACCCGUAUUAACUACUUCUUCAUUUAAAACUGACAAAAUAGAAUAUGACUCAAAUUACACUAGUAGAAAUCUUGUUGUCUUGGCUAAAGUAAGUAGAGCAAUACUUCCGUAAAAAUGUUCAAAACUUAUUGUGUCAGGGGUAUUAUGCAAUAUUGAAUUAAUAUCUCUCAAACGUAUCUGUGGAGAAUAUAACAAAAGUCAAGAAGUAGACUAUUGAUAUUUAUAUUAUCUAUUCCUUUCCACUAGUCACAGCCAAAUGUAGCUCUUAUGGGAUGUUUGUUUAAAAGUAAUCUAUUUUGCCUGGUCUAUUACCUAUUCGUGAUAUUAAAAUAAUGUCAAGACAUUUGACUGAUUAUAGUUGCAGAAAGAUUAGAUAAAAUUUGCACAGCUGUUAGUAUUUACGAAAAAACAUAGUUGAUUGCGUACUAAAUAAAAUAUACUUUUCAAUUGUAGACAUAAAUGAGGAAUGAAGAAUUUGAGAAUGUAUACUUGGGAUUAGUUUUGUCCUUUAUAUGUGUUAUUCAUAAGCUAUUAUGUACAGAAGGGUAGUGUUCGAUCGAAAGAAUUGUUUCAGAAUUGGCAAUUCACUGCCAGUGUAAAAAAUUAAGAAGAGGGUAGGUAUUACAUUUAUUUUAGCUGUACCCACUCAAAAGGCUUUUAUCUGAGAUACUCAUAGUCUAGCCUUUUAUUCUGAGCGUUUGAUUUGGUAUUUUCUCUAUCGUAGUUUCUAUUUGCAGAUUUAUAUAGUGAUGGGCGUAUACGCGUAUACAAUUGUAAUCGCACGAGUUGAUAUUCAUGUAUAAAAUGUAAACAAUGUAGACAAUGUAUAAAAUAAUAAAUAAUAGUUUAGAUAGGUCGCUUGUAUAUAUGCAAGCAUAUAGGUAUAAUUAGUGCCAUUUUUAAAUAGAAGUAAAUUACAUUCUGGAAACAAAUUCAUAUUCGAGUGAUUUCAUUUAGCGUCUUCAGCGUUGUCAAGUCAAUAUCUAGUAUUAUUAUAUCGUAAGGAGUAGUACACAUAACUUCUUGCUACUUCUGCUUACUAUACCUUCUGAUUUGAUUCAUGCUUAUAUUAGGCAAUUAGAAAUUAAUGAAAUAGCGCGUCGAUAGCCGCAUAUUAAGAUAUAAGAGAUGUUAACUUAUCCGUGCGAUCUUAAGCGACAUGUUUAGACAAGUUUUUUUAAAAGGUACAGUAUCUCGAUGGGAUAUUUUCUUCCAUCCUUGAGUAAAAUGUACCACAGUUCAUGAAUUUUUUUAUUUUUAUUUAUUUACUGAAGUUUUGACGUUUGCUUUCAAAACCAACCUCACUUAUCGCUAUUGUAUUCUUCAUCAUUGUGUACCUAUUGUUUACAUUUUAGACUCGUUGUAUGCAUUGUCUACGCAUUGUCUAUAUCGCAACAUAGACAAUCAACGUAUACGUGUAAGCGCCCAUCACUUGACUUAUACAAAAUCAGUGACAAUCACUUAGAAUUUUUACUGGUUAGGGUUUUAGAAUAUAAUUAGUAAUCUAACGUUUUCAUUAAGUAAUCACUAUUUAUUGUACAGGGUGGCUCAAAAUGAACGUUAUGUUUUUGAAUUACAUACUUAUAACCCGUUCCAUUUUCAAAAUUUUCUUUUUUAUUAUUAAGAUUUAUUAGCGAGGGUUUGAUCUGAAGCGAUAUACCACGGAGCAACGGGUCAAAAUAGUUAUAUUUUAUUUUUAAAGUCCGAGGUCUGUUGUCCCAGCGUGCAAAUUGUUAACACUUCUGUCUAGUGCUUACCAAGAAUAAGCUAUCUUAUUCCGAAUUUUCGGCAACAAAAAGCAAUUACUGGAUUAUCGUUGUGAUGGGAGACGAUGAACAACCUUGACAGGUGAAACUAUCGAACAUUUAUGUGAGAGUUUAGCCAGUUUCGAUUACUUGCUCUCAAAGCCAAACAAUCCUGCAACAUUUCGUAAUGAGAGCUGUGAAAAUCUAUCCAAACCUAAGCUAACAAUGAGAUAAAACUACAGCAUACACUGCAUGGUAGUAGCUAGCAGUCCGUUAAAGGGAUUUUCGACGACCAUAUUGCGGCGGGGAGCUUGUUCAAAUUGGUCUGUACAUUUACCAGAUUUAACCGCGCCACUUUCUAUUUAAAAGACACUAUUCUUAACGGAAUUGCGGUCAUAACAUCCAAAUUCACACAGAAGCCAGCAGCAAUUCUAUGCAUAAUACAUAAAGAAUUUGAACCUCAUUUUACAUCACCGUGUCACGCUGCAUUUUUUUCAUGUAGGAACUAUAGGACCGAAGUCCCCGAUAGCUCAUUGAACAACAGAGGACAGUUUUCUUGCCGGUAUUGUAGGACACUUGAGUCUACAUUUUCCAAAAAGUGUAAUCUAGUACUGUACGCUAACAGACGCGAAAGCCAGACUCUGUGCUUCUUCCAUGUUGUCUGGAGUUUAGGUUCUCUAUUUCAUGUAGGUCUUCUGUAUCGUGGCCUGCUGAAUUUCCAGCAGCUAUACCAAGUUGAUUCCUAUUCAGUGAGUUAUGCUGUCUUUUCGACCUGGCUCCAAAAUAGGUUUGCAAAAUAGAAAUCUUGAGGUUGGAGUUAAAAUGCAAUCGAACGUCACAAGGCCAAAAAGAAAGUUUGCUCUGUGUGCAUGUCGUCAUGCUAUCGAGAAUCUUUAUUUUCUUCACCAGGACGUGCUACAAGAAUACUGAACUACAAAAUUUAUUACAUGCGUGAAAAAGUUACUUAAAACGUUGAAAUCGUGCUUCAGGACAAACAAUCUCUUAAACGGAGAAAGCGUUGAAAAUCGUGAAAACAACCACUUGUGUAGCGGUGAACUAUGAGUUUUUAAACACCUCAUUAAUAAAUUUUAACAAUGACCACGGAUUUUCGAAAGCUUGACGUCAUGAAUACAGAACAAACUUUCUUUCCGGCUUUCUGAUAUUCGGUUGCGUUACGGUUGCAAGAUUUCUAUUUUGCAUUUGGCAGCCAUCACCAUCCUCCUUCUCUGUCUUUGUAUCCAUCAUUUAUCAGAUUCGCCCCUUAUACUGAGUUUUUCACCUCCGAAGCAGAUUCUGGGCCAUAAAUAGGCCUGUUGUCAAUUGUACCGUGGUGGCCGAAACAUCGUCGUGAGUAAGCAGUAUUUCAAGCAUGUGUGGUUUCAUUUAGCGGCCAGACUAUGGAAGAAAGUCAUGAAAACCAUAUGAGUAAGGAUGUACUUAUUUGCGAUACGAAUGCUUGUACCAGGUUGGUUGUAUCGUUACCAUAAGAAAUCAUUUUAUUUGAACAGGUAAAUUACUUACUAUAAUUGAUUAAGUUAGGAGACAUACUGAAGCAUAAUUAAUUUACUCGAAAGUUGCUUACAGAUAGCGAGAUACUAAUUGCAGGUAAAUCAGUUUGCUUAUGGCAGGUACAGUGGUCUCAUGCUCUAAAAGCUGUACAGUUCAGAUUGCAAAGUCAAAAAGAUAUGUAUGGUUAAUAAUUUUUCCUUAGUCGGAGAAAGGAGCACAACUCAUCGUACGAAAUUGAUCUGUGUGAGAACCAAACACACGUAACUUCCUUGUUAAUUCUGAAUGCAUCUUUCAGGAUGCGAGAUGUGUCUCGGCGACUUUCUCACUAGAUGCGCAUGUGAAAUUACGCCUAUAAUAUAGAAUUAAAUGGAGCAAGAAUGUCUGUUUGGCGAAUUUAUCCUAGAUCCUUUCGAGUUGAAACUCACAUUCUGAAUUAACCAAGAAUUAACAUAUACCAGUGCCCUAUUAAUCGCACACAUCCAAUAGCAAGCAUCGAGUUCAGUGACAUACAAUGAGUCAUGCUUUUUUAGUUUGUAACUUGCCGUUUCUAUGUAAUGAUCUAAGCUAACACUACCUCCAUGUGACAUAAUAGAUUCUGAAACUGUAUGUGGUACAUUUUAUUUCAAGCGAACUGCAUGGGUACCACAAAAUGUGGAAUAAAAUAUAUAACUGACCAAUUUCACCACACUUGGAUAUUUGUAUAAUUGUAGAUGUACAACAACCUGAAUUAUUGCACCUUGCAUUUGCGGAUCUGUUGUUCAAUGUUCAUUUGACUGUAUAAACAAAUUGUAGCGAAGGUUGUGUGCGAGUGCGCGUUACUGACAGAUGCCCCUUUUGAUUAGAUCGACGCUAUUGCCAUAAUUUUGGUCGCAGAAUGGAUGAAUGUGGAUAAGCAAAACACACUGAGCAUCAAAAUUGGUGCCACUUCUAUGAAAGAUCCUCCUAAGUUCGCUUCACCCAGACGUGGUCAAAGUGUUCUAUGAGAUUUUAAAACCAUAACCUACCUCCUUGCUACUUUGAUUGCAGAAAUGUACAAAAAUUCGCGAGGCUUAAUUAUUUUUUUGAGUAAAGUGUCCUGACGGCGAUAAGCUUAAGAAAUUGUUUCAUAAAACUCAAUUCCCAAAAUAUGGGGGCGCGAACGACGAAUAUAUGAGAUAGGAAAGGUGAAAUUCCUCAAAAGAAGGUACCUACGUAAAAUAUUUCAGGUUAAAUUCUAUAAUGGCCAAACAUUAAAGAGAAUAAGGGGCAACUAAACAUAUUCUAUCAUACAUAGAUUCUUGAAAAUGGUUUGGAUUUAUUCACAUUCCUCCUUGCGAUCUGAUAGGAACCUCUUUGAUCAUUUUAUUUAACAUUUAUGCGUAUGAUGGGACAUUUUUGUAAAAUCGGUUGAAUGUUGAAUGCACUUUUAUUUGUUGUGCAGGUGUACAAAACACAAACGUACAAAAAAUCGCAGCUCUCGAAGAACUUUUAGGAUGAGUAACAAAGCAUCGUAUGCUAGUUCAAGCUUCCUUGUGAUAUAUGCGGCAUCAUUACGUUUCAUGAAAUCAGUUCAAUGUGGUUACAGAGAUAUACCUAUUGGCGUAUGAAAAUAUAGGGUAAGACUAUACUUUAGCGCAUAUCGCAAAUACUUCAUUUCUUACUUUAAAAUGAAAGAUUAGGAUGGAACUUUUACGAAAAUAUAAUUUUUUCUUUAAGGAACCCUCUGCUUGCUAUUUUAUAGAACUUUAAAGUUGCAUUGUUCGUUUGGUUUGGCUUGGAAUACUAUUUUAUACGCUGUCUUUUUUGCUUUUUGUACAGCAUGAUGCUCUAAAUUAUAAAAAUAUAACUAUAAUAUAGGAAAAACAAUAACCGAAGUACUUUUGUAAAGGGCAUCAGACAUUCUUCAAAAAAGUGUCUUUAGCUAACGCUAUCGUAGGGCACGAGGAGGAUUUAGUACAGUAAAACCUGCCGGCCACACCUCCAAAUCGCAUUUUCAUGAGAAUCCUGUGCCGAUUGCACAUUUUUGCGCUAGUAUAUAAGUAAGAAUUUGACAAAUCAAAUUAAGGUAUAUUACUAUCUACGAUUUGGCAACAUUGCAACUAGAUGGAGAGAGUAUGAUAGUGAUGGUGGUGUAGUGAUGGAAAUAUUUAUCUGAAAUAAAAGAAAUGACUACUUAGCGAUGGACUAUUUUCAUCAUUGAAAUAAUGCAAAAUUGUAAUAUUGCGAUGAACAAUGUCAUAGUAAUUUACAGUGUAUGUUAUAUUCAUAUAAUUUUUGUGCAAACAAGGAAAAGCAGCCUAUAAAGCAAUAUUCUAUACCACAGUUUUACCACCUAAAAUGCAACUUUGAAGUUCUAUAAAAUAGCAAGCAGACGGUUCCUUAAAGAAAAAAUGAUACUUCCUAAUCUUUCAUUUUAAAGUAAGAAAUGAAAUAUUUGCGAUACGCGCUAAAGUAUAGUCAAGUAUCGUUGACAUUCAAUGACAACACGCUACAUGCAGGCAUUCAGUGUGGCAAGCCAAUAUCUGCUGAUGAGCUAUUCUACCUAGAUGGAAAAUGUUCAAUACUACUGGGCAACUUGAACACACAUACUAUGCUGUUGGACCUUAUUUGUCUCAUGUACUCGACAAUUUGAAUACCUUGCACGUUUCCUAAAAAAAUCUGUAAAUAUUGUCGCUUAUGUUACCUACCGUAAUUUAUAUUUUCAUGGAGAUACUUACUGUGAAAGGAUUCCAUAUGCUGUUAAUACUAUACGAGUCUAUUGAACAUUUUAAAUAAUUAUUAUACUAUUAUACAUACCAUAGUUAAAACUUUGAUACAUUGUAAAUAGCUAUUGAACAUUAAAAAAUCUAUACUACCGGCGAACAAA